UUGACCCCGCCUCCGUCGGAAAAACCUAUAUAUGAGAGCACUGUGAUAUGGGCAGAGGUUGAGGACACAGACACUCACUACUCGGUGAUUGGAAGCUUGUGUGAAGCCAGCAUAGAGGCCAGGCAUCCAUGUGAUUUUAUACACAGGUCUAUGUUCAUACUCAGUAGGACAUGGCCGGUGACAGUUUUCACCCUCGUGCUCCUUGCCCUGCCUCUUGUGAUGACUGCCAUUGGUGUUAACUACUUGCACGAGUGCCCCCGAGAACCAAAGCUGCCCAUUUAUCUUGUUGUCGGUGGAUGUUUCGGCAUCAUCAAGCUGAUCUUCUUGCUGUGGAAACAAAUAAAGAGACAUCGUGAUGACGUAAUAGAUCUCCAUGACGACGACGAUUUGCUUACAAUGACACGAAUGACUAAUAUGGCUUUAAAUGUCUUCCUCUCUGUGUGGUUUGUGUUCGGACAUUACUGGUUGAUUCGGAUAUGGAAGCCUCACUUCCAUGCGCCUCUGCACGAGCCUCGGAAUUGGUGUGACGAAACAGUAUUUCUCUUCACCUUAUGGCAGCUGGUUAUCUGUCACAUCAUCAUUAGCAUCGUCGUCCUUGUUGCCGUCAUACUGUAUUGCUGUUUUGUUUGUGUCAAAUGUUUCCUGCAUGACGACCAUUCUCAGAGUCAACAAGAUAAACCGGAUAACAAGAAGCAAGACUGCAAAAGAUAG